AUGGCGGCGGCGGCGGCGGGCGGCGGCGCAGGAGGGAAGGUGUCCUUCAAGAUCAUCCUCACCUCCGACCCCAAGCUCCCUUUCAAAGUGUUCAGCGUGCCCGAGGCGGCGCCCUUCACCGCGGUGCUUAAGUACGCCGCGGAGGAGUUCAAGGUCCCGCCCCAGACCAGCGCCAUCAUCACCAACGAUGGAGUUGGCAUCAACCCCCAGCAAAGUGCAGAAUGUUACAAGGAUAGUAAAGUGGACCUAACCGUAUGUGAUGUCUCCAUUGUAUACCCUCUGUUUGCACUGGGUUCCCUAUUUGUUUCGUUCGACAAGGUUUUAGCCAGCCACAUCCAUCCAUCCCUCUGCUGCCGCCGCCAGGGGAUGGGGAUGGCGACCGACAUGCAGAGUCUGGAUCAUAUCAAAACAGAGGCGAUUGAUCUGGAGAGCAUUCCUAUGGAAGAAGUGUUUAGCACCCUCAGAUGCAGUAAGGAAGGUCUUAGCUCUGGCGAGGUCCAGCAACGCACCGCUAUCUUUGGUCCCAAUAAAUUAGAAGAAAAAAAGGAAAGUAAGGUAUUGAAGUUCUUAAUGUUUAUGUCGAACCCACUGUCGUGGGUGAUGGAGUUUGCUGCUCUGGUAGCCAUUGGGUUUACCUACGGAGACGGCAGGCCACCGGACUGGCAAGAUUUCGUCGGCAUUAUAGUGCUCCUCGUCAUCAACUCCACCAUCUCAUUUAUCGAGGAGAACAACGCCGGGAGCGCCGCAGAGGCACUCAUGGCCAACCUUGCGCCCAAGACCAAGGUGCUGCGUGACGGGCGGUGGAGCGAGGAGGACGCGGCGGUCCUUGUCCCGGGUGACAUUAUCAGCAUCAAGCUCGGCGACAUCAUCCCGGCCGACGCUCGCUUGCUCGAGGGCGACGCGCUCAAGAUUGACCAGUCGGCGCUCACCGGCGAGUGUCUUCCGGUCACCAAGAACCCCGGCAACAGCGUCUACUCGGGCUCCACGUGCAAGCAGGGCGAGAUCGAGGCGAUCGUCAUCGCCACCGGUGUGCACACCUUCUUUGGGAGGGCGGCGCACCUCGUCGACAGCACCAACCAAGUCGGACACUUCCAGCAGGUGCUCAAGGCGAUCGGCAACUUCUGCAUAGCCACCAUUGCCAUCGGCAUAUUCGUCGAGGUCGUCAUCAUGUACGCGGUCCAGCACCGCCGGUACCGUCAAGGCAUCGACAACAUCCUCGUGCUUCUGAUCGGUGGCAUACCGAUUGCCAUGCCUACUGUGCUCUCCGUCACCAUGGCAAUCGGCUCUCACAAGCUGUCAUUGCAGGGCGCUAUCACCAAGCGCAUGACCGCCAUCGAGGAGAUGGCCGGCAUGGAUGUGCUUUGCAGUGACAAGACUGGCACGCUCACCCUCAAUAAGCUCAGCGUUGAUCGUGGCCUUAUUGAGAUCUUUGCUGCGGACCUUGAAAAGGACGAUGUUGUCUUGUUCGCCGCUAGGGCAUCUAGGGUGGAGAACCAGGACGCAAUCGACGCCGCCAUGGUUGGCAUGCUCGGUGACCCAAAGGAGGCUAGGGAAGGCAUUGAAGAGGUGCAUUUCUUCCCCUUCAACCCCGUCGACAAGCGAACUGCCCUCACAUAUAUUGAUCUCGCCGACGGCACCUGGCACCGUGUCAGCAAGGGCGCUCCCGAACAGAUGCUGGCCCUCUGCAACUGUGGAGAUGAUGUCAAGAACCUGGUUCACACUAUGAUCGACAAGUACGCCGAGCGUGGUCUUCGGUCUCUUGCAGUUGCAAGACAGCAAGUUCCGGAGAAGAGUAAAGAAAGCCUCGGAGAGCCAUGGGAAUUUGUGGGCCUGCUCCCUCUCCUGGAUCCGCCGAGGUCAGAUAGUUCUGACACAAUCAAGCGUGCACUCGACCUCGGUGUCAACGUGAAGAUGAUCACUGGCGAUCAGCUCGCCAUUGCUAAGGAGACGGGGAGACGGCUAGGGAUGGGCACAAACAUGUAUCCAUCAUCGGCUCUGCUUGGGAAAAGCAAAGAUGAAGCCACUGCUUCAAUUCCUGUGGAAGACUUGAUCGAGAAGGCCGACGGCUUCGCCGGCGUCUUCCCAGAGCACAAGUAUGAGAUUGUCAAGAAGCUGCAGGAGAUGAAGCACAUCUGCGGAAUGACAGGAGAUGGCGUGAACGAUGCGCCAGCUUUGAAGAAAGCGGAUAUCGGAAUUGCUGUAGCUGGAGCUACUGAUGCGGCACGGAGCGCCUCUGACAUUGUGCUUACCCAAGAAGGGCUCAGCGUCAUCAUCAGUGCCGUGCUCACUAGCAGGGCCAUCUUCCAGAGGAUGAAGAAUUACACUAUAUAUGCGGUGUCAAUCACUAUCCGUAUUGUGCUUGGGUUUCUGCUGAUUGCGCUGAUAUGGAAAUUUGAUUUCUCACCAUUCAUGAUUUUGGUCAUCGCCAUUCUGAAUGAUGGCACUAUCAUGACUAUCGCAAAGGACAUAGUAAAACCGUCGCCACACCCUGAUAGCUGGAAGCUGAACGAGAUCUUUGUCACCGGAAUUGUUUAUGGUGCCUACAUGGCUGUAAUGACGGUGGUGUUCUUCUGGGCUAUGAGAAGCACCGACUUCUUCUCUAACACCUUCCAUGUGAGGUCUCUGCGUGGCAGCACCGAUGAGAUGAUGUCAGCGCUGUACCUGCAAGUGAGCAUCAUCAGCCAGGCCCUCAUCUUCGUGACGCGGUCGCACAGCUGGUGCUUCACGGAGCGCCCCGGCUUCUUGCUAUGUGUAGCGUUCGUCAUCGCGCAGAUCGUUGCCACUGUCAUUGCAGUGUUCGCAAACUUUGGGUUCGCCCACAUCAGAGGGAUCGGAUGGGGUUGGGCCGGCGUCAUCUGGCUCUACAGCCUCGUCACCUUCGUCCCACUCGACCUGUUCAAGUUCGCCAUCCGCUACGUGCUGAGCGGCAGGGCCUGGAACAACCUCCUGCAGAACAAGACGGCCUUCACGACGAAGAAGAACUACGGUAGGGAGGAGCGCGAGGCGCAGUGGGCGACGACGCAGCGCAGCCUGCACGGCCUCGAUAUCGAGGCGGGCGGCGGCGACAGGAGCGGCGGCGGCGGGAGCUUCGAGCUGCCGGAGAUCGCGGAGCAGGCCAAGCGGCGAGCCGAGUUCGCGAGGCUGCGCGAGAAGAACACGCUGAGGGGCCACCUCGAGUCGGCGGCCAAGGUCAGGGGCAUCGACAUCAACGCCGUCAGGACGCCCUUCUACAGCAUGUGA